UGACGAUCGAUCGCGAGCGAGAGAAUUGGACCCCGAGAAGGACGCCAUUUUCGUUGCUGGCGGCUGAAGUCUGAAUCACCGACUCAGAUUGACUCCGCGCUGCAGCCACCGACUCCUGAGACAGGCGUCAUGGAGCAAGCCGCUUCAACAACUCGCCCGAUUGCCCGCAGCUUUGGCCCCCAAGCUGCUGCGUUUGACCAAUGUGAAAAGCAUGUAAGACCGGGGACGUUGCACAUGAGUAUGUUAGCCAGUCCAUUCGCUCUUCAACGAGAAGCAACCACUUCCUUUUGCAAAUCGGGGAAGCUUUCUGCAGCACGGACCUCAGCUGGGAGCCAUCGACCGCUGUCGUUAGAUCAUUCUCUGCAGUUUGGGCAUACAUGCACAGAUAGAAAAAGUAGGAUUGGUGCUCCCAUAAGGUGGUCUCCCUGCGUUGACAGCCCCCGUGCAAUUGCUGGGGGCGACAUGAGGGAUCAGGGAGGGGCCAUCCUUAGGGAGGUGCUGACCAGGGAGGGGAGAGGCAAGCUGGACUUGAAAGACGACCGGGCUUUCUACAGCUUUCCACGCUUGGUCACGCACGUCGACGACCAGUUUCUAAAUACGUUAACGGAGGUGUAUCGGCAACGAAUUCCUGCUGGGGCGGAGGUCUUGGAUCUGAUGAGCAGCUGGGUUAGCCACCUGCCCCCCGAAGUGAGCUACAAACGCGUUGUGGGCCUUGGGAUGAACGCCGCUGAGCUGGCGAGGAACCCCCGGCUGGACGCUUUCUUUGUCAAGAACCUGAACGAAGAGCCGCAGUUGGAGGCCGCCGACUGCAGCUUCGAUGCAGUCUUGAUCUGCGUAAGCGUACAGUACCUGCAGCAGCCUGAGAAGGUCUUUGCCGAGAUCUUCCGCGUGCUUCGACCGGGCGGGGUGUGCAUAGUCAGCUUCAGCAACCGGAUGUUCUACGACAAGGCCAUUGCGAGUUGGAGAGAGGGGACCGGGUACAGUCGGGUGCAACUGGUGAAGCAGUACUUCUCGUGUAUACGUGGCUUCACGCAACCGGAGACGAUCACGGAGCUGCCCAAAGCAGAGUCCAAAAGCAGUCAGAAUUCUAACUUGCUGCAGAAGUUCUUGAAACUCUUCCGGCGCGCUGGAUCAGACCCGUUCUAUGCUGUUGUUGCAUACAGAAACUUCAAAGCUACGUAAAGUUCAUCAGACCAUCUAUGCGAGAUCCCCCUGAGGAAGCUGAGCAAUUACUUGAGCCCGCAACAUAGUUUUAAACGUAUGAGAAUCCGACUCAAGCGAAACCCAUAGUUGUAUGGUACCCAUGCUCGCACAAUUGGGUACAUUUCUCACUGAUCAUCAUUUCCGACCAGGUGUUGUGACGCCCGUAAUCCGGUGGAGGUUGAG